UCGAAAUACAAAAUGGAGAAUGUUGUGUCAACAAAACGCUCUAGGACAUAAUCUGUAUUUAUUCCAUUACAAAAAGACAUUGCCAAAUUCCAGACUGCCUUUAUUAAUUGCUAUUUAUCAUUUUACACCAUUGUCUUAGAAAAGAAUAAGCUGAAUUUAUAUUCCUGAGAUACAUGCACAUGUAUAAUAACCAUUGAUACAGUAUGGAGUUCUCAGAUGACAGUGAUAUUGAUUCUACAGUAACCCCUAUCCAUCCUCAGGAUGACAUAGGGCACGGUCAAGUGCUUAGUUCUGACUCAGACAUUCAGGUUCACACGUCUGCCAAAGCACAUAAGUUAAGGUCACAUGGUCAUAAACGGUUUGAGAAGUCCAGAGAGAGGUCAUCAACAGAUACUAAAGGUCAUAGAUCAAAUGCCAGAAGGGCUCAUCAGUAUUUGUAUGAUGAAGGAGAAGCUGACUUGGACAAGGGAAACUUGAAGGAGAUUUACAAAGAGUUAGAAGUAAUCAGUGAAAAACUCAAGGAUGAGAAUCGAAUCCUGCAUGAGCGUGAAGUCAGUCUGAAGGAGCGCGAGAGAAUGUUGUCCAUCUCUCAAGACAAUCUGAAAACCGUUGCUGACCUUGAGGUGAAACAGAGGGUCUCUGUUGUUGAGGAGAAAUAUAAAGCAGAGAUAGUUCGCCUUGACUCUGCCUUGAAGGACAAGACCAGAGAAAAUAAGAGACUGAAAGAUAAUUUUGAAACCCUCAAAAUGGCAAAUGAUGCACAAAGGAAAGAGUUGGAGUCAUUGAAAAAUCAACAUGAAAAACUUGAGAAGCAGUCAGUGAGUGUCCAGGCCAGACUAACCAACCUGCAGCGGAAGCAGGACUUUGAUCAACGUCAAAGAGAUGCAGACUUACCUGUCUGCCAGCCUAUGGCUGUACCCAAGACAAAAUCCUCCACUGACGGUCCACCAGAGGAACGCGAAAGACCAAAAUCUACUAAGUCUCAGAAGAUUCCAACCACCACGUAUGAGGUCUUAUCGACACUGCUAGACUGGGUAUCUGAUUCCCAGUUACGGUACACAACCAUUGAUGCCCUGCUUAAACCAGUUGAUAUCGCUACCAACAGAGAGUUCCUUCAGGAGAAAGUCAUCAAGAUUCUGCCAUCCCUUGUUGAGAUGUUGAAGGAAUUCCCCGGCCACAAUCUAAAACUGUGCCUGCCGUGUCUACAGUUCACCUACUGGUCUCUCGUGCAUGUGGAACAGGCUCAAGGCCAACAGCAGCAGAAGUCAAACCUGUCAUCUACAUUCCGACGACUCGGUGAGGAGUUGUACCGAUCCAAGACUGUGCGGUUUUACGACACCGAUCCCUACACAAUCGCCGACGUGACAACAUCCCCAGUGAAGACCGAUAAAACAAGGGAGGGAAUCUACUUCCGCAGUUCCAACCAGCAUGUUCGACUGAUAUCUUCACUUAUUAUUCUACGCACACUUUCACAAGUCGACCUGCUAGCCCAUGUAUUUGAUGUACUGAAGGCAGACCUCAAGUCUGAUGUGGCAAAGGAGCUGUUCCUAUAUUACCAGGGCACCACAGUUGUGCUGCAGUUCCUUAAACCUGUCAACAAGCCAUUCAUGAGCCCAGCCAUGGACAUAUUCCUGCAGAUGUCGACAGACUCACCAUUCCUACCGCCAUUCCUGGAGAGUUGUAGUAACGAGACGUGGUUCCGAACCGUUGCCAUGGUGCUUAGGGCUCCCAGGCAGGAUGUCAAGCUUCUUGAGAGACUGAGCAUUGUCCUGCAGAAGCUUUCAAAAAUAAGGGCAAACAAGCGUUUCUUCGAGGUGUACACAAUCACAGGAAUCAUCCAAGAACUGUUACGGACAUGCUCCAAUGAACAAGCCUUCCUCGCAUUAAACCUCAAAUCCAUUCUCUACAACCUUAACUCGGCCUCAUAGUUUGACUUGGGCUACAAUUUUCAAAACUCAUAAGUUCAGAACCAUGUUAAAGUUAACAACUUUGUUAAUGGCAUUGUCAUUAAUUUUCAAGGUGAAUUACUUAAUGAUGUGCUCACUUAACACUUAAAUCUAAAACAGUUGUAGCAAAUUCUUUUUUAGAAAUACUGCAUGUCAUGAGUAAACCCAUUCAAAUUCAAGUGCUCAAACAAUUUUUGAAUUUACAACGGUCAUGUUAACAAUGUUGUUUAUUUUGAAAAAGGUCCCAAAAAUAGUAGGGAAUUGUUUGUGCAUUUAGUUGUUGUAUUUGCCCUAUACCUACAGCCCUAUACCUGUAGGUAUAUAUUCAUAACGUAUUGCUGACUCACUUCAACUGAUUACAUUCCGUUAGAAAUAUUUACCAGUGCUUUCAUUCUUGAUUAAACCUGAGUUCAUAAUGCUGUAAAUGAUACAAUAUGUUGAAUAUACCAGGCACCGUAUUACAUUACAUUAUUAGGCUGAUUUCAAUGUGUUGUUAUUGGUAUAUGAUUACAAAAGGUUAGCGCAAGACAGUUUGUUUAUAAUAGUUAUUGUUAAUUUUUGCUUUAAUAGACUAAUCGGCUGCCAAAUUAAUUGUUUUAGUAAAGAACUAAUAAAAAUAAGUUACUUAGUGUGACUACAAAUACCUCAAUACUAGACCAUUCUCAUGCGCAAGCUUGUAAGUAACAAACUUCAUAAAAUCAAUUAAUGAAUCAAUGGCAGUUGUUUAUGUUGAGGCUUUUAAAAUGAUUGAAUGUCAACCCUGCUUGUGAUCACAUUAGCGGAGGCGCGAGUGUAAACACUUACAAUAUACAAUGGUCUUAUGAGCAGAUCAAAUUUUUGUCUUUAUAGUAUUUGGUUAAUGUGCAUUGUAUAAAUUCAUAUAAUCAGAUCAAUUCAGUUGAACAAAAUUGAAAUGUCAUAUGGGUCUGAAUGUUUAAAUGUACCAUACAUUAUAGUGUGAACUUACCAUUUGUAUAAAUCAUCUCAGGAUUGUUGCACUUGUAACUUGUUUAUAAGUUUUUUGAAAAGAAUAAGUAUGGUAAUUGAAUUCAUUGUUUAAUCUGCCAGAUUUGUUUUGUGAAGUAUUUUUUGCCAUUUGCAUUAGUAAAGAGUGCUAGACUAUGAACUAUAUAAAUGAAUUAAAAUCUGUGAUAGAUUUCAUUACUAGUAUAAUGAUAUUGUAUAUUUAUGUGUUGUCAAAGUACUUCCUCUUCAAAAUAGUAUUUAUUGAAACUUAAUAAAGGUUUCAAAUCCUU